ACAAAAGAAAAAAAAAAAAAAAGAAAAAGCCAAAAGAUAAAUAAAAUAUGAUACCUUUUUUCUUAUAAUAAUUUUUUUCAUCCAAACACAAAUUCAGUGGUAUAUAUGUAUACAUCUAGUUUUCUAUCUUCCUUCCUCUCUGUAAACUAUAAAUGCUAGCUUGAUUCAUUUGGUGAUAUGAUCAUUGACUCAAAACAUGGAAGCCAAAUCAAGCUUUGCACCAAUCAUAUCCACCAUGCUUUCACUUUUCAUAGUUUGCGUCUCAUUCCUUCAUAUUGUUCUUUCAAAUGAAUUCCCAUCCUUUUUUUACCGGCUCCAACUUCCAUCAGCCACUGGACCUGAGUCUCUUGCUUUUGCCUUGAAGGGAGAAGGACCUUACACUGGUGUGGCUGAUGGUAGAAUUCUCAAGUAUGGAGGUCCAAACAUUGGUUUUGUUGAAUUUGCUACCACAUCACCACACAGGACAAAGGAAUUGUGUGAUAGCACAAAUGACCAGAACUUAGAAUCAAUAUGUGGAAGGCCAUUAGGCCUGGGUUUCAACGAUAUGACUAGUGAGCUCUACAUCGUUGACCCUUACUUUGGCUUAUUGGUGGUCGGAGCUGGUGGAGGACUAGCAACACAACUUGCCACCGGUGUCGAAGGAUCUUUGCCUUUCUUGAUGCUUUGGAUGUUGACCCGAUAUCCAAAAUUGUCUAUUUUACAGAUCCUGGUGCUGUGUUCCGACUUGGGAUAUGAUGACGUACCACCACUGUGAUGACUUGAAGUAAGCGGUUGCUCAAUUGGGAUUGAUAGCUUGAUGCCAAGACUUAGAGUUUUGUAUCAAGACUUUUGAAGUUAUUUUGUCAUUGUUUUGUAUGCCUUUCUGGCCUUUCUUUUUUGUAAUAUCAUCUAGUUCAUUGAACUUGGAGAUAGAUUCAAAAUAUCUUAGAAAUGUAAACUUGAAAUUGUAAUUUCUUAAAUCUUAGUUCAAUAAGAAAGAUGAUUUUUGGG